AUGGGUGGAAGCAGACUGUUUGUCUGUAAGAAACAGACUCAGCCCCUGGUGCAAAGUAGGAAGGUUUCAGCUGAUACUCCGAAUGGCAUCCAGAUAGCCAUAUGUGACGUCCCGAAUGGAUAUGUCCAGGAAGUUCCACCGAAAGAAUACCCAGUGACGGAAUGGAGGGACGAUACAGCCAACACCUCAUGCAAGUUCGAUAAGGACUUGGCGGAGCUACCUAGGAGUUUAGAUCUAUACGAACCAUUCCGCAGCGGGACGGAGGUCGAACAAAUACCCGGACGGCAGAUAGACGCAGAAGCUAUCGAUGCAUCCAAAGGAGACCCUAUAACCGAGGCUCAUUACUUUCCGAAGCCACCAAAUGUUGCGUCGUCGCAUGGGUUCGAAAAACAUAUCAGCGUCCGCACGUUCGACGAGAUAAUCAAGCUCAAAAACAGCAUUCGCCACAUGACUUCGAUCGUGGAGAAACGAUUGGAACAUUGUAUAUCUGCCAGGGAAACUGUCGAGGAAGCAUACCAUAGCAAGUCGGAACUUCUCGCUACCAUGAGCCACGAGAUCCGCACCCCGAUUCAUGGUAUCAUCGGUAUGGCUCAGCUAGGACUUGAGGCGGGUUGUCUUCCAGCAGUCGCCCACGACGCUUUUAACCUAGUUCAUAGCUUGGGUAAAAGUCUUUUGGCAAAUAUUAACAAUGUUCUUGACUUAUCACGCAUAGAAGCCAGUCGUAUGGUGAUCGAGAGUAUUCCAUUCAAUCUUGGCUCAACAGUGCUGAGCACACUAAAGCCGCUUGCAGUUGAGGCGAGCAAGAAGAUGACUGACCUUACCUAUGAAGUGGGCAGUCAUGUGCCCCAACACGCUAUUGGAGACCCAAACCGCCUUUGCCAGAUUCUCUUCAACCUGGUCGGAAACGCAGUCAAAUUCACCAACAAUGGGAGAAUUGAACUUUCCGUAAAGACUGCCCAGCAGCAGGCGUGUGCCAAAAACCAAUGCGUCCUUGAGUUCUCUGUUGCGGAUACCGGGGUCGGGAUUCCACCAAAUAAGCUGGAGCUCAUUUUCGACAGAUUUCAACAGGCAGAUGAUUCUGUAAUGAAACAAUUUGGUGGCACAGGGCUUGGUCUGGCUAUAUCCAGAAAGCUCGUCAGUCUGAUGGGUGGUGACAUCUGGGUUCGGUCUACUGUAGGCAAAGGCAGCAUUUUUUCAUUUACCUGCCCGUUGAAGCUUGAAAGCCCGUGUGCUACCACCACUGAACAGAAGAAAUCUCACAGAGAUCUUGUUAUCUUCUACAUCACAGCCAAUGGUCAGAAGAGCGACCCGAUAUGCAAAAUCAUAACCGGGUUGGGGAUCCAAGUGCGUGUAUUCAACCAGCAUGAUAUCCAAAUCCAGGAGCUACGGGACCAAAAUCAUCUUCCGGAUGCCCUUAUAGUGGAGUCUCUUGAAAUGGCCUGCGCUCUACGGGCUCAUGGACACUUCGGCUCGACACCCCUUGUAUUGUUCGAUCCCACACCAUCCGAUUCCUUGAAGAUCUCCAUAAGGUCAGCCUUUGACCUGGGUAUCGUAUCAUACAUCACCUCCCCUUGUUCUUCCGAAAGUGUUCUGAGCUCCCUACUUAGCGCUCUGCAGGAUCGUCCUAGACAUCUUGAACCUAGCCAAAUUAUGCCUUUGUCCGUCCUCAUAGCAGAAGACAACGAUAUCUGCCGACUAGUGGCAGCGAAAGCACUUGAGAAGUGCACCAAUGAUAUCACAGUUGUUACAAACGGUCUUCAAGCGCUCCAAGCAUACCAAAACCGACAGUUCGACGUGAUCAUAAUGGAUAUUCAAAUGCCGGUAAUGGACGGGCUCGAAGCAGUUUCUGAGAUCCGCAAUUAUGAGAGAACCCACAAUACCAAGCGCGCCUCAAUAAUCGCGAUCACAGCUGAUACCAUAGAUGAUGAUCGUCCCGGAGCAGAACUGGACGAGUAUGUAUCGAAACCGCUGAACCCAAACCAGCUACGGGAUGUGGUCUUGACGUGCCACUCGGAAGGAGCCAAGUCGCCAACUAUCGGUGACAACAUGGACAGAGGCUCCGCAUGUGAAAUCUCGAGAUAA